AUGAUGAACAGUGAGGGCAAUAGAACCAGCUUGCAAGUGGCUCCCUUAGCGAUUUCGAAGAGCCGAGACUCCACAGGCGGCGAAGGCUCGGAAUCCUCGGACUCGACUACCUCUCACCCACACGCUCAGAUGGCGACGCCCGCCGCGACGGAUGGGCUGGAGGACGACCAGAACAUGACUCUCGGCAGCCCCGUCUUCCACAACUUCUUACGCGCUUUCUAUCCUUUCCACCCCGAUUACGUGACGAGUGAUUCGACGGUCACAUUACCGCUGAGCGAAGGCGAUGUUGUGCUUGUACAUUCUAUUCACACUAAUGGAUGGGCCGACGGCACAUUGUUAGCCAACGGGACGAGGGGCUGGUUGCCAACUAACUACUGCGAGCCUUACGACCCUGAGGAGAUCCGUAACCUGCUCAAAUCGCUCUUGAACUUUUGGGACCUGAUGCGCAGCACACUCGUGAGCGACAACGAGAUGUUUGGUAACCAGGAGUUCAUGAAGGGCAUUAUCGCAGGUGUCCGAUACCUCUUGGUAGGUGAUGUUGUUGGACGGUUGCCUUCGCAUGAACCCUAUAUCUCUAACAUUCUUGCGCAGGAACGAACUCAGUGUUUAACAAGAGAAUCUCCUUUGACGGCUAAACGGCUGCAAGACGCGCAACGCAUGAUUGGCACCGAGAACAUCAACGACAUUGUGGACGAGAUGAUAUUGAAAGCCUUUCGGAUCAUCACAAAGGGUGUGCGGUUUCUGGACAUCCUUGAGGACGACCGGAGAACUCAGCCGCCAGUCUUUAGUGUACUAACACCAUUGGUCGAGGAAGUCCUUGCACCAUUAACGCCGCCAGCCGACUCGAUCGGUUUCCAUGUCGCACAGGACGGCACCGCUGCUGCAGGAUCCCGGGUCAGUGAACAAGGACAGGAGUGCGACUUGGUCCCUUCGCUCCCUCGCGAACCGAGUCUAGAGCCGACGCGGCCUGCCAGCAGCAACCGUUUGUCCUCCAGCUACCUGCAACAAACGCCGGACCCGCGUCGAACCUCACAGACCAGUUUAUUGCAAACGAACCGGCUCUCAUCUACCAUUUCACACCGCGUCAGCCUAGCUGGACUUUCGGCCUGCUCUCGACCCCAGAACCUGGUUUCCGAGCGACUCAACAGCUGCCACGACAUUUUCCUUUCGCAUUUAGGGUCGUUUAUCGGUCGGCUCCAACUCCAAUCCCAGUCGCGACCCAGUCUCGCGGUUGCUAUCAAGCAGUCUGCAACUUCCGGCGGCGACUUGCUCUUGGUCGUCGACGUGGUUUGCGCCCGCACAUCGGUGAGCAUCGACGCGCUAGAGCACGCUCGUUCUGCCAUGUACAACCGGAUCCAAGACCUCGUCCACACGGCGCGUGACAUCCUCCAAAACCCCGAGCCGGACAUGGAGGAAGACGUGAUUGUUCCACACGACAAUGGCCGCUUGUUGGGAGCAGCCACAGGGUGUGUCAAGGCUACCGGGGAGUGCGUUGCGAAGACGCGAUGGGUCAUCGAGCGAAUUGGCGACUUUGAGUUCGAGUUUGACAAUGGGAGUUUGGGUAUUGACUUCGACGUGUCCGACUUGGCCUCAAUCCAAGACGAGGACCAGUUCAAAUGCAGCAGCGUCGACUUGCCCAGCGUCGCCGAGUCAAUCGUAUCCGAAACACCAACAGCCUCGUCUGUCGCCACCUCUAUGGAUAGCCCCGCCAUCGUACACUCCCGGGCUGUCUCGGUCGACAAACCCCUUCCGGAGGUGCCCCGGGAAGAGACCCCUCUUGUUGCCGACGAACCGGUGCGACCUUCGUCGCCCAUUACACCACAGCCGCAGCCGGCUGUUCUAGAUUCUGGCGCUGCAAACAUGGCCUCCUUGGUUUCGUCCCUACGCCCCGAUCUGCCGGCGCUACCGAAGAUCUCAACCACAUCGCUGCCAACUGAUUGCUUCAGCCCCGCCGAGCAGUCCGCCAUUCAGGAAACCGAGUUCCACGCUUUCCAGGCAGAAAGUAUGACCGCCACGAGCUCUGGCUCCGGUAGCACCUAUCUUAGCCGAGACUCUGAAUCGAGCAUCAUCCUGAGCUUGGCACCGACGGAGGAAGAGGAGGCAGAGUCGAGGCUCCUGGAAAAGACAUUCGCCCACGAGCUAAUCUUCAAUAAGGAAGGCCAGGUGACGGGGGGGUCGCUGCCCGCCCUUGUCGAGCGCCUGACAACCCACGAGUCGACCCCUGACGCCUUGUUCGUAUCAACUUUCUACCUCACCUUCCGACUUUUCUGCACGCCGGCCACCCUCACGGAAGCCCUGAUCGAGCGGUUCGACUAUGUUGGAGAGGCCCCACAUAUUGCUGGCCCGGGUUGGCUCGAGUCCCACUGGCGUGAGGAUGCCGACCAUGAAGCGCUCCCGCUCAUCAAGGAAUUUGCCGAGCAACGCCUGACUCCCGUCCUUCCGUCCGCUGGCAAACGGCUGCUUGAACUGGCCGAGAAGGUUACGGCAGUCGACGGAACCCUGGUGCCACGCCUCGUCUCGUCGAUGAGUAAGACUGGCAGCUCCCUUCCCCAACUUGUUCCGGCUGAUGGGCCGCUUCCGUCCUCCACCAUCAGCAGGAGCCAGGUCAAUGCUUUGAACAACUGGAAGAGCGGAACAGCCACACCUUCGAUCGUGGAUUUUGACUCGAUCGAAAUCGCCCGUCAGCUGACGAUGAAGCAAAUGUCCCUCUUCUGCUCGAUCACACCUGAAGAACUCCUGGAGUCGAAGUGGACGAAGCUUGGCGGGGCCGACACACCGAAUGUCAAGGCCAUGUCUUCCUUCACGACCGGGUUAACCAACCUAGUCGUCGACACCAUCCUCAGCCAUGACGAAGCCAAGAAGCGAGCCCAGGUGAUCAAGCAGUGGAUUAAGAUCACCCACCAAUGCUCCUUGCUUCACAACUACGAUGCGCUCAUGGCCAUUACCUGUGGCCUAGCUGACACAAGUGUGAAGCGCUUGAAAAUCACCUGGGAUGCCGUCCCUGCGAAGCGGAAGGAGAUGCUGAGGUCGCUCCAGGCUUCCGUUGACUUCAACCAGAACUUCAAGGUUCUCCGCGCCAAGCUCCACGACCAGGUCCCACCUUGCCUGCCCUUCCUAGGGAUGUACUUGACGGAUCUCACCUUCAUGGAUGUCGGUAAUCCCGCCACCAAGACAAACGAUAAUGGGUUGACCGUGAUCAACUUCGACAAACACACACGCACUGCCAAGAGCAUUGGUGAACUGCAGCGGUUCCAGAUUCCUUAUCGCCUCGCAGAGCUGCCAGAUCUCCAGCAAUGGCUGACGGCGGAGGUUGAGCGCGUUCUCGAGAAGGAGACGACGGGCACCAAUGCCCAAGCUUCGCACUACCGCAAGAGCCUGCUCCUUGAGCCUCGCGAAUUGCAUCAACUCCGCACACCCCUUGAAGGGCCCACUACCCCGUUAGGGGGCGGCAUGUUCAGCUGGAUGAGGGGGAACGGUCCACCGCUUUUUACGAUCUCCGACUAUCACCCUCAACAUACAAACCCCACGACAUCUUAUAUUAUUCUCUGUUACGCAUAUUUACCUUCUUAUGAUACCCUUUAUUUUACCUGUGUUACUUUUCAUUCCUACCUCGGCCUAUUUUUGGCAUUCUCUGCAGCCACCCACUUGCAACGGCUGUCCAUUUCUACCGCAGGCAUUGCGUUGUUUACGUCCACCUCCCACACCCUGGAGCUCUUCUUUUCACCGAUCAUACAUCUCUUACCUACCACCCAACCCGACCUCUGGGACACAGAUUCCCAUAUUUCCUUUCCUGUCUUGGCUUUUGGGGAUUCUGAAAAAAAAGUGUUCGGCCAACUCAUUAUCAACAUCAUGCCCCGCUCCGAUGAAGCCCAAGCCUUCUUCCACGCCGUCUACUCUGCCGUGCAGGAGAUUCCACGGGGGAAGGUGACGACGUAUGGGCAUAUCGCGUUGUUGGUUGGGACUCCCCAGCGACCGCGACAAGUCGGCGUGUGCCUGAAGCAUUUACCGGCCGCAUCAACAGACGAAGAGGGCGAGGGUGGAGGAGAGGGUGGCGGUUCCCUGCCACGAUUCCACCAUGAUAAUGUACCCUGGCAAAGGGUGAUUAAUGCGAAGGGGGUGAUUUCACCACGGUCCCAACCGACUGGAGCGCGGAACCAAGCAGCAGUUUUGGAGGGCGAAGGGGUUACAGUAACGACUGGGGCGUUGGGAGAGUUGAUGGUGGAUUUUGCUGAGUUUGGGUGGUUUCCGAGGGUAUUACCUUCAGAGGAGGGGAUGGAUUUGGGGGAUGAGGACGAAGAUGCAGCGGAGGGUGAGGAGAGUGAAGAUGAGGGAACACCAUGA